AUGUGCCUGGACAGGGUGGCCGUAGGUGACGCCCGCGGUGGCCGGGCCCCGCAGGCAGGAAGCACGGGCCGGGGCAGCAGGGGCCAGCCGUGGGCAGCCGUGUCCCCCGAGGAGGAGUACAGGGUCAAGUAUGGCUCCCCGGAGUACCUGCUGCUGUGCGGCCUGGGCGGGAUGCUGAGCUGCGGGGUGACGCACACGGCCAUCGUGCCCCUGGACCUGGUCAAGUGUCGCAUGCAGGUGGACCCGGCCAAGUACAAGGGCAUUAUCAGCGGCUUCAGCGUGGCGGUGCAAGAGGACGGGCUGCGGGGCCUGGCCCGCGGUUGGGCCCCCACCCUCUUCGGGUACUCCAUGCAGGGCUUCUUCAAGUUCGGCUUCUACGAGGUCUUCAAGAUCCAGUACGCACGGCUACUGGGCGAGGAGCGGGCCUACGAGUGGAGGACCGGCUUGUACCUGGCCGCCUCGGCCACCGCCGAGUUCUUCGCCGACAUGGCCCUGGCACCCAUGGAGGCGGUGAAGGUGCGCGUGCAGACGCAGCCGGGCUUCGCCGGCACGCUGCGGGAAGCGGCGCCCAAGAUGUACGGCGAGGAGGGGCUGUGGGCCUUCUACAAGGGCGUGGCGCCGCUGUGGAUGCGGCAGAUCCCCUACACCAUGAUGAAGUUCGCCUGCUUCGAGCGCACCGUCGAGGCCCUCUACAAGUAUGUGAUACCCAAGCCGCAGAGCCAGUGCACCAAGGCCGAGCAGCUGGGCAUCACCUUCGUGGCCGGCUACAUCGCGGGCAUCUUCUGCGCCGUGGUGUCUCACCCAGCCGACUCGGUGGUGUCGGUGCUGAACAAGGAGAAGGGCAGCACGGCGCUGGACGUCCUCCGGAGACUGGGCCCCGUGGGUGUGUGGAAGGGCCUUUUCGCCCGCAUCAUCAUGAUCGGCACCCUCACUGCCCUGCAGUGGUUCAUCUACGACUCGGUCAAAGUGUAUCUCAAGCUGCCUCGUCCUCCCGUGGUUCAAGCGCCCCCAUCCCUGGAUAAGAAGAAGUAG